AUGUCGCAACGAAGUUAUGAUAGUUAUGCUCACGAGAGACGGAUAUCCAAGAACAGGGUAACGGAUGAGGACCUUUUCGAACUUUUGAGCUACAUGCUAGUCCCAAGGGUCCUUGAAAACCCCAAGAGCGCCGUACCUUCAGAGGUGAAAGAACGAGAAAGCUCGCGGCUGUCUGCCCUUUCCACAUUUUCGCUAGGAGAACUGUUUCGGGACGGGUCAAAGGGCGUCAAGUUCCCCGAAAAGCUUCUGAAGGUCCUGGAGCAACGACUACAGGAUAUUGCGAUGGGCAGGGAUCCUGCUUACUCAGACCAACUCGUCCGAAGGACAAUGGCCAGGUUCUACGGUGAAUUCCAAGUCGACACCUUCAAACGCCAAAUGAAGGAAAAUCGAAAGAUCGAAGAGCUCAUUCUCAAGUUUGCAACCUACGCCACAACCGUCCUCAAGAAGGAGCCGACGCUGGCUGCGGAAGGCUGGAAAUACGAGCUCAACAACCAGAUCGCCCAGUUUAUCAAGUUGCUACGGGAAUCCCUGAGGAACGUGCACCAUGUCUCGCCGGAACUGCUGGCCCGCCUGGAUACCUAUACGGCGAAACUCGCCCCUGCUUUGGCGGCGGCGCAGCAAUACACGCAAAGCGAUUCUGGAUAUGAAUCUUCCACUUCGAGAGACUCGUACUAUCACCAACCCCCGACGAUCAGCUGGAACAUCGCUGAUAUGCCCCUUGUCAAGGUCGUUGGCCAGCUCUUCAAGAUCCCUGAGCACGCAAUGCAGCAAGAAGUGGAUCGAAUAAGGGGUCAAAUUGUAACAGACAAGGCCGCAUUGGUCGACUUGAAGACGUGCCUCAAGAACAUCAACGCGGGUGCACCCUUCCCAGGUCGUCGGGAGGACUUUACAAGUGAUGCGGCGUGGAACCAGUGGAGAACCAUCGAGACUACCCAUCUGCAGCAGAUGAUUGUCGCCAUGAUCAAGAUGAACCCCAGCCUCGCCAAAUCCGACCGCACAUCCCAACUACAACGCUCGUCCUCCAAUUACUCCAACUACUCCGCGAGCUCUCCCACAUUCACCGGCCGCCAUCCAUCUAUCGGCAGCCGGCGAUCCCUGUUCGACGUGAACGACGAAAUUAACCCCCUCGAGGAUGGACAGGACGACGAUAUCCCUGUCGGACACCACUUUACAUUCAUCCCUCCAAAUCCUCGCAAGUUUUACAAACGCCUGGUCGAGUAUUGCUUGGUUGCGGAUUUGGAGGUGAUGUUGAGUCCGGAAGUGGAUGACAAUGACGAGGUUUCAUUGGGUAUCCUAUCGCCACCACAUUUGGACCUUAUCAGCGAGUGCGCACUCAGGUGGCGGAUAGGACAUCCAUUUAGGGCUGUUUGCUUCCUGGAUUUGGUGCGACAGUUUUACGAGAGGAACGAUGUGCCGAUGGAGUGUAUACCCGAGGCACUGAAUAGCGUGAGCAAGGUCAUGCAGGAGAGUGAUCCAGAGUUUUGGCCGAACCAAGACAUCGAGCAACUCUCCAGUACCUACGCCUCCCUCUUCAACAUCUUCCUCUCAUGUCUCUACCACGCCAUGGAUGCCUUACCCCAACUCAAACCUUCCGAAAUCCAAGCCUACCUCGCCAUUCUGGAACACGUACGCGACAGCGGAUUCCUUGCUCGUUUCGACGUCGAUAUCGAAGUGAGGUUGAAGGAUGUUCAAGAGAAGGCGAAGCAGGUGUCAGCGCAGUGGUACGAGACCAAGAUGCACGAGUUCCAGAGUCGGCCGGGCGUGAAUAGGGCGCUUCCGUUGCUUUUGAUGUCGGAUGAGAUUGAGAAGGCGGCGAAGCUUCUGGAUAAGAGGUUUCCGGAACCUAUUCUUGGCAAACUGGAUAUCGUUUCGUUAUUCCUGGAGGUCGUGGUCCCACAUCUCUUGACCGACCUCCAGAAUUCGCAGAAACGCUUAUUCGAGUCUUCGAUGAACGGACCUACACCAGACGUCCCCAUCCAGGAUAUCUUCACUUUGUAUAGGAGGUGCAGGCUGAUGUUGUCGAUGUAUAACGCGUUCGUUCCCCAGUACGUUGUUUCACUUUGGUUCUGGAGUGGUGGCGACGGAGGACUGAUACUGGGUAUCUGGGAUAGGGUCGAGUUUUCGUUCCACUUGACAGCCUUCUUUGAACCAUACGUCAAGCAGUGGUUGUUGAAUACGGAUAAUACCACUGGGCAGUGGGUGGAGAACGCUAUUGCUGCGGAUAAAUUUGAAGCAGAAGGACCUGAGGGUAACAGUACAUCUAUCCAAGAUCUCUUCGAUUCUCUACGCAGCCCUGUCAACUUCCUGCAAGACUUGGAAUGGGAAGACGAGUACUACAACUCGCGAUUCUUCACCAACCUGUCCAAGACCAUCUCCAAAGCCAUUGACCAAUACUGUCGCACCAUCGAAACCCUCUUCCUCGACGAAAUGUACCCCCGACCAAGCGACUUCAUCCAGCCUCAAAAAUCUAGCGCAUGGAUUGAACGCGCAAAGCAACUCGCGGCAAUGGGAGAAAAGCGCGUCGAACCGUUCAACUUUCAAUCCCAAUCCUGCGUCAAGCUCAACAACGUCGAAGCUGCUCUCAAACUGCUCGACAACAUCUACAACCAAAUGCAAGCAGAUCGGAUUGCGGAGAUCUCGAGGACGGUUGCUCCGCCUGUGCCUGAGAAGAAGGAGAGGGACAAGUUUUUGUUUACGGUUAAGAUUGUGAUUGCGGAGGAGUUGGUUCCGCAGGAUUCGAGUCCGAAUGCGAGGUUGGAUACGUUUGUGACGUUGAGUGAUGAGGAGGGGAGGAGGUUGGCGAAGACGAGGACUGUUUAUGAGACUAAUACGCCGAGAUGGGAGGAAUCGUUCGACUUGUCGGUGGAUAAACCUCUGUGGUUGAUGGUUAGUGUGAGGGAUCGGUCGUUGGUGGGGAAGCAUGAUACCAUUGGAAGAGCUUACCUCUGCCUUGAUCCUUCGAGGUUUGGAGAUUUGAUGUCGCAUGACUUGUGGAUGGAGCUGGAUACAGCCGGAAGGAUAUUGGUGAGGGUUAGCAUGGAGGGUGAACGCGACGAUAUCCAAUUCUUCUUCGGACGGGCGUUCCGUUCAUUGAAACGUGCGGAGAACGACAUGAUUAGGAUAUUCGUCGACAAGAUGGCACCCUUCAUUCGACAGUGUCUCUCGAGGAACGUCGUCAAGGAGUUGAUCAAGAAGCGUGAACAACAAGGGUUGGACUAUGGUAAAGCCAUCGCGCAGGCUACGUCCUUCUAUCGCUCCACCAUCGGCAACAACGCGGCCGAAGUUCAGGUCCCUCUCCCUGCGACCGAGAAGCCUCGUCAACGUCCAGAAGACCUCACGGAUAUCGAGAUCGAGGAAGCCAUUUCGCCAUUGUUCGACUACUUUGAGUCCAACCUUCAGACGUUGAACACGUACUUGUGUGAUGCGACCAAGGAGAUGGUCAUGGCGAGGCUGUGGAAGGAGAUCUUGACGAUUAUUGAGGCUCUGUUGAUUCCUCCCUUGAGUGAUCAGCCUAGUGAUCUCAAGCCCCUGAGGGAUAAGGAGGUGGACAUUGUGUUCAAGUGGCUGAAGUUCUUGCGAGACUACUUCUAUGCCGGUGGCGAGGGACCCAUUCCGUUGGAGAUGUUGCAGAACCAAAAGUACCGCGACGUUUUGUCCAUUCGGUUAUACUAUGACUGGAAUACGGAUGCGCUGAUGGAGGAGUGCGUGCGUAUGAUGCAGUUGACUUUGAGGUCUGCGCCGACCAUCAAGAAACGCGCCAAGAGUGUCUAUCAACAGCGGAAUUUGGGCACGAUCAGGGAGAGAAAGAAGGAGAAGAAAGAGAAGGGUGGUGCGGAGGGCACGAGUGAGGAAACGAUUCUCCGAAUCUUGCGUAUGCGACCCCAUACCAAGGACUUCAUCGCCCAGCAAAUUCAGAUCAUGACGCAGAUGAGGAAGGAGCAAGAACUCCGAGCGCAACAAGAGGAAAGGCGGAAGGAGAAGAAGGCUCGGUCGUCCCAAGCUAUUCCACCUGUCCCAGAGUUGCCGCCGCUGCCCGAGAAAUCAUAG